AGAAAAAGAUGAUUCAGGUCCCCGGAGCUGGGGGCGAUGAAGCCCAUGACCGACACAAGGAUGAGGCUUUGGAGGUGGUCAAUAGUGAAGAGGCGUUGGAGAUCGACCCCGCGGUGGAGCGACGGGUCUUGCGCAAGAUAGAUCUGUUCUUCAUGCCUGCGAUGUUGGUUGGUGCGUGAAACCUAUGUUCCUUCUUUAGAAAAGCCUGGAGUGAGCUACUGAUAGAUAGGAUAGGCUAUGGGUUUGUCUACUGGGAUAAGGUCUGUUUUUCAAGCACUUCUCUGCCAUGAUAAUCAAUGUUCCUUACCAACAACCACAGGCGAUUCUCGGUAGUGCCUCAUUAUUUGGCAUGACCAGCGACUUGGCCCUUUCGGUAGUGGACUAUAGCACCACACCCCCGACCAAGAACACCUCGCGACUGAGCUGGGCCACGUCCAUCUUCUACUUUGGCAUGAUGGCUGGUCUGUACCCGAUGACUCUGGUGCUACAGCGCUUCAAGAUCCAGCAUGUCUUGGGUCCUAUUGUCAUGCUGUGGGCUAUUACCUGCGCGGCUACUGCCGGCGUUACUUCGUGGCGGGGCCUAUUCGUCCAGCGCUUCUUUCUCGGCUUUGUCGAAAGCGUGAUCCCCACCGGUUUCAUGACUGUGAUCAGCGGGUACUACACGCAAAGGGAGCAAACCCUGCGCCAGGCGAUCUGGUUCUCCGGGACCGGGUGGUUCACCAUCAUCGGCGGGGCGCUCAACUACGCCUUCGGUCAGAUUACCACAGGCGCGCUCCGGCCGUGGCAAUACAUCUACAUCUUCGCGGGCGUCCUCACCUUUCUCUUUGGGAUCUGGUGCUGCAUUCUCCCCAAUUCCCCGGUGUCCGCCUGGUUUCUGACCCCCGAGGAGCGGGUGGUCGCCGUGGAGCGCCUGCGACGCGGCCAGACGGGCGUGCGAUGCCAGACGAUCAAGAUGUCGCAGAUAGUGGAAGCAUUCACCGAUGUGAAGGUGUAUUUGAUUGCUAUCAUGAUGGCUGCUGCCUACACAAUCAACGGCGCCAUCUCGGGCUUUGGCCCCCUGAUCGUCUCCACCUUCGGCUACAACACCCUGGCCUCAAUUCUGUUUCAAUUCCCUGUGGGCGCCAUCUGCCUCGUCUUCAUCCCGCUGGUCGGCUACAUCCCCACCGUCCUCCCCAACACCCGCAUCCUGCUGCUGGUGACCUGCUGCCUCCCCGUCAUCGCCGGCUGCGUCAUGAUCUGGAAAUCCAGCUGGGGAUACCAUCCCGCCACGCCGGUGGUCGGCUACGCGCUGACGGGCUUUUUCGGCCCGGUGGUCAGUCUGAUUAUCACGCUGGGUGCGAGCAACGUCGCCGGCGCCACCAAGAAGACCAUCAUGGCCGCCACGGUGUUCGUGGCCUACGCCGUGGGCAACAUCAUCGGCCCGCAGCUGAUCAAGUCCGAGACCGUCGGGCAACACUACCCCGAGCUGUGGACGGGGAUGGUCAUCUGUUACUGUAUUGUGAUUGCGGCCGCGGGGGCGCUGUGGGUGGUGCUCUGGCGGGAGAAUCGGAAGAGAGACGCGGCCGGACUGGAUGAAGAGCUGCGGGAUAAGUUGGGGUUCCAGGACCUCACGGAUCGAGAAAAUGGGUGGUUUCGGUAUGUGCUUUAGUUGGAUGCUAUGUGGUGGGAUCGAUAAUGUUGGUUAUGGCUGGUUCAGGCAAUUUCUUCGGCGAAACUAUGGACUUGUUAGGGUAGUCUCCGGGAGCAAUGAUUGUGUUGUUUGAGGGUCACCCUUUCCAUAGCUUGCCUG